CUUCUCUCAUUUCGGAGACAGUUGCGUUUGGUAGCAUUUGGUAAAAAAUUUUUCAUACAACAGAAAGAAGCAAAAGCACGCCAAACGUAUUUUCGCGCGUUAUUUUGCUAAAAAAUUAAUUUUACAAUAAAUCUUCGGCAUUGAUUGUAGUGAAAAAAGAACAAGUGCUUGUCGACAAACACAAUAAACUGUGUAUCAAUGAUUUUAACGUUGAAAUAGGAAGCAGAAAAACUAAUUUGUCUAUGGUAUUUUGUGUUUUUCUUUGGUGUUUGGAAGGAAAAUUUUAAGUUUUGAGACACAGCAUACAAGCACACUCACACCUUCGAACCAAACUCUUCUUCUGUGUAGCAGCUUUUUUCACACCACUUGAGGAAGGCUGAGCUGAACGACGAGAUUGUUGUUGAUUUUUGCAAACCCAGAAUAAUUUGCUGCUGAAAAUGCCGAUUUGCAAACGAGAAGGGUUUUAUAAUGUUACUUCGAAGGGGAAGGACGAAACUUUUCAUGACAAUGAAGAUGUUUUCUACUGCGAAGUGACCAAGGAAAUUUUCAAGGAUUAUGAGGAUUACUUUCGUCAUGUAAUGGCCAUCAACAGUACUGUGUGGCAGUGUGAAGCCACCGGAAAAGACGAUCUUACAUAUGCCGAAGCGUUGAAAAGCGAGCGAAGAGCUCGCAAGAAAAUGGAAAUGUUCAAAGACUGUCUGCGGCCCCCAGUUAUGUUGGUUAUUGAGCAUGCCAAACAGAGCUCAUUGAAUGUUUUAAAUGCCUUAACAUUUCGCUUCCUACGUAAACGCUUUUUUCUCCAGGAGGAAGUAUUUACGGGGAAAGGUACAAACACUACUUAUCGUGUGGAGAGUAUAAGCUCCCCCGAUAACAAAGUCCCCGCCAAUGGUGUAUACGAAGACACAGACAAACUGUUGUACAAAUUGAAAGGGACGGGAAAUAAAAAUUCAGAAUUAACCCUGCCAUUUGAAAAAAUAAGAAGGAAGAAAUUUGAAUUUACUGGCGAAAACUUACAAAUGUUUAUUAAGAAUAAUGUUGUGCGUGUGGAUGGUAUUUUGAGGCCAAAGCCAGAAUCAUACCAGAAGUAUGUGACGGAUCGUAAAAUCACAUUCGAAUCUUUGUUCAUAGGGAAGAUGCCACACUUUACACCAGCCAAAAUUAAAAAACCUGACGAAAAUAAAAACAAACAAUCAACACUGAACAAUUAUUUCGGCAAAAAGGAAAAUGAUAAGACAGCUGGGUCUAAGAGUGACAAAGCAAAAUUAGAAAAGGAAAAGGCUGAAAAGGCCGAAAAGGCGGAGACAAAGGCAAAGGCGCUGAAAGAAGAAAUGGAACGUGUGAAGCGUGCUAAAGAAGAGGCCCUCUUGGCACAGAUGCGCGAGAAGGCCGAAAAAAGAGCCAAGCUAUUGGAAAAAAUUGAAGAGGAAAUUAAUGCCUUGCUCACGAAAACCGAUGAUUUGGAGCGUGCUGAUCAACGUUUAAUGCCUGUCUACACGCCCAUAAAAACUGUUAUACCCACAAAACUAAUCGGCGAUGCUUUUAUGCUGCGAGAGUUCAUGCACACCUACGCCGGUUUGCUUUCGGGUAUUGAAGUGUUUAAAAACAAUCUCAGUUUUUACGAAAUGGCACGUUCCUUUACUGUGCGCGAAGUGGCUGGUCCACUUUCGGACAUUUUGCUCAUACUUAUUGGAACCAUUUUCGAUUUACAGCGUGAAGAGGAAGAGGAGGUGUACAUUAGCUACAGGAUGUCCACACAGGCGAUACCCUACUGGACACAUAAAUAUGUUCAAAGACAUUUCUCGUUUCGUCUAUAUGAACUGCCCUUGGAUGCCUUGACAGUAAGUGAGGUAUUGCGUCUGCACUUGUUGGCCUCAGGAGGUAUUGUUAAAGAGAAACAGGCAGAGAAAUGGCGAAUUAUGUAUCGCAAUGGAUAUACAUCACAGGAAGACCCUGGAAUAGAACUAAGAAUGCGACACCCUCACAUUUUACGUGCUCUCAAGAUGUACACAAUCUAUCAACUGCCUUACUUGGAUAUAAUGCGCGUCAUAAAAUGUCUUAUGGCGCAAAUUCUAACCUAUUCGCCAACAAUAAAUCUCAUCGAGGAACGUAUGGAGCAGAUGGCUACAGCACGGCAGGAGCUUAAAACAUUGGUUAGUGCCGAAAAGCAAAGAGAAGCUGCCGUACAAGCGCAAAAGAAACAACUUACCGUUGAAUUUAAUGUUCAAUGUCUAGACGAUGAAGUUAAAAACAACCCAGAAAAGCGCAAAUCUUUGGAAGAUAAACUCAACAAGAAAAUAGCAGAUAUAAUGGCUAUAUCGGAUAGGGAUCGACGCAAAUUCGAUCAACAAAUUGCCAACACACAUAGUUCGUUAUUUAACUUUUUGGUUUACUUGGGCAUGGACAGGGCUUACCGCAGGUACUAUGUCCUGGAGUCAAUGCCUGGAAUCUUUGUAGAACAUCCUACUGAAUGUUCAGAUAGAUGUUUGGAAAAUCCACCCAAAAAUAAUUUAACCAAAGGACUAUCCUUAGACAAAGCUAAUUUGCCAAAGAAUCGUGGAAACCUUCGGGCAAUGUUGCUAAAAAUGUAUACUGAACAGGAGAAAAAGUCCAAAAAUGACAUUGCUGCCCAAGAGGACAAAGAAAAUCAGAAUCAACAAAAUGGAUCAGUUGUCAAUGGCCUGGCCAAUGGUCAUUCCAAUGGAGAGAAAAUGGAUGUUGAUGAUGAUGAAUCUACACCUUCUCAGUAUAAACUAUUUAUGUGCACAGGAAAUCCUCGUGAAUGCAUUGUCCAUGAUGAACGCAAUCCCGACCGCCAUCGUUGGGCUUAUCUCUACAAAAAAGAAGAUUUGGAGGCAUUAAUUGAAUCAUUAAAUCCAUUGGGUUAUCGUGAGUCCGAGUUAAGAGAACAGUUGACCACUCUUAAAGAACUUAUUGUAGAACACAUAAAGAACUGUCCCACAGAUAUGUUAAACGUGGAUACCAAAAACCUGUCCAAGUUCAAUACAAACAUGAUGGCCGAAACAACACGCAAAUACAAUAAAUCCAAUUUCGGUUUCCCCAUCGAUGGGGCUGAUCUCAAUGAAGUUAUGUACGGCGCCUUAGUAGAUCGUAUACUCCAAUUUGAGAGUGAAAUUUAUACUGGCGAUUUGGGACGACUUAAAGUCAAGGAUAUGCAGAAAUGGCGUGAUGAUUUACAAAACAGUCGCUAUGAUCCACAGGUCAAGCUUCAAUGGGGUCCACCGAAAAAUAUACCGGCCGCUGGUUCAACGGAGGCAUCCGAGGUCGAUGCUGAACGAAAAGUAGAUGACGAAGAUGAAAAUGGCUCGGACAAUGAAACAGAGCAAGGCGAAAAUGAAGAAAGAAAUUAUGCUGGUAAACCAUAUCGUGAUCCUGGUGAAAGUUUAGGCGAUACAUUGGAAAUCGACUCGGAAGAUUCGGCAGAUGAAGGCAUUUCAUUACAUGAUUCGGAUACAUUGCGUUCCUAUGUAAAACAAUUGUCUUCUGCUCUGCUACAAGUAGAGCAGGCCGUCGAAAGGCGUUUUCUUAAAGAACCAUUCGGUGUUAACACAAAUUAUAAGGACAAAGAUGUAUUGGAACAUAAACAAACACUGGCAGCGAAUCGUCUGCGUCAAUGGGAAGUUUCGUUGAUGGAGAGUACAAGUUAUUCACAGGUGUUCCUUCACCUUAAUCUUCUGUACGACUGCAUCAUGUGGGCGCGAUCGACAAAUAAAUCCAAUUGUGUCGUUUGUCGCCGCGGUAGUGAUCCUGACAAAAUGUUACUCUGUGACGAGUGUAAUGCCGGUACGCAUAUGUUCUGUAUGAAACCGAAAAUGAAGACUGUUCCAGAAGGAAAUUGGUAUUGUAAACGUUGUGUCGAUAAAUUGGGACUUCAAAAUGAAAAUGACAAGAAGAAUAAAACAACACAACGUCGUAAGCGUAAGUUUAUUGUCGAGGAGGAUAACAGUGAUGUGGCGUCUGUUUCGUCGGAAACUACUGGCUCGAAAAAUGGCCGAGGAAACGACAAGGGUCGUAAUAAACGUUUACAAUCCAAUGAAAUUGAAGACAUGCUGGAGGAGGAGGAUGACGAGAAUGGCGAACAAGAUACUGUGGAUGAUGAUGCUGCCGCUGAUAUCAGUAUGGAGGAUGAGGAUGGAGCUGAAGAAGCUGACGAAGACGCAGAGGGAGAUGAAAAAGAAGAAUCAAAUAAUGAAUCCGAACUUGAUGAGGAUGAAAAUGUCUGCAACAUUUGUUCAUACGAUGGCAGUGAAAUAUCAUGUACAACAUGCAAAGAUUCCUUCCAUUUAGAAUGUAUAAAACUAAAGCGAAUGCCGCGUUACAACUUUUUAUGCAACAAAUGUAAAAACAAUGAAAAUACCAAGAAGAGAAAGAGCAGGACAAAUGAUUCUCAAUCGGACGAAGAAAGCAGUGACGAUGAUGAGCCACUGGUUAAACGAGGUCGCUCAUCUCGGCCCUCUUCACAGCGUAAUUCAUUGGCAAACACAAAAACCGAACAAGAUUCCUCCACUACAAAGGCAUCAAAUGGCAGACGAUCGAUACGUCGAACUGCCGAUAAUUUACCUUUAAAUAAUUCAAUACUAUAUGAACUUUUAGAGAAAAUUAUGAAAAAUGAACAUUCUUGGCCAUUUUUAAGACCCGUAUCACAAUCUGAAGUUCCCGAUUACUAUGAUAUCAUUAAAAAUCCCAUGGAUUUUGCAAAAAUAAAAUCCAAACUGAACAUGGGCUCUUAUCAAAUCAAUGAGGAAGUGAUGCGUGAUAUAGAAUUGGUUUUUGGAAAUUGUGAUGAAUACAAUGUUAAAGGCAAUGAAAUUUAUGAGGCUGGAUCAGCAUUAGAAAAAUACGUCAUAGGCAUGUGUAAAGAAAUGAAUCUGCCGUACAAACCAAGCGAUAUGAAUUCUGAAGUUUAGUCUAAUUUAAUCGCAGCAGCAACACAUUCAACAACAAAAAUGAGCGGUCGGCCUUUAGAUUUUGUAUUAUAUUUCCAUAAAAUGUUUUUUGUAACAAAAUUCCCUUGAUGCAGUACCCUUUUUCUAAAAAAAAACAAUAUCCAAGUUUGUAGUUAUUUUAUAUUUUAGUUACAACGUACAAAUUGGAAUUAUAAAUUUAUCAAUUUUUUUCUUUGGCUUAUUUACCCAAAAAAUUGUUCAUCGUUAAUUUCCAUUUUCGAAAUAUGUUUAUCCAUAUCCCCGUAUUAUAAUAUCGUUAAUGUGUGUGUUUUCCUUCAAGCAAAACAAAACAAACCGUCUUUAUUUUUAUACGUAUUUUUUCGCAAGUAUAUUUCUAAUAAAUAAAUCCCCCAAAUAUUUUUUAUUAUUACUUAAAAAUAUAUUUUUAAUUAAGCAUUGAAAACAUGUUUUUGUUUAUAAUAAUAUGUGUAAGUCUAGAGCUAAACAAAUAUAUAAUAAGAUUUCUAAUAUAAUUAAGAUUCAUUCACUUACUAAGUAGAAACAAAAACAAACAAAACAAAAAAUGUUGAAAAAGAAGAACAAAAAAAAAAAAAAAAAACAAAGAACAUAUAUACCUGCACACACAUGGCUAAAAUAAAUUAUUGAAUAAAGUUUGCAUCAACCAAA